UUUUGGUGGAGUGGAUAUCCCUCCUACUCGAUGAGGCCAAGAUUGUGCCCACAUAAUUUUAGUAGAGUAGAUACCUCUCAAUCCUUAGAUCAUAAACACCCAAAUUGAAUACCAAUGUUGAAUAACUAAACCGAUCUAAUAUAAAAUCCUCCAUCCAAGAAACCCCCAAAAAUAAAUACCUAUGAUUUGGGCCGGCUUAGAAUCUGGAGCCGGCCUAAGAAUCUUGGGUUUCUUAAGGGAUGUGAAAGCUCCCGGUAUUUUCUACGCCAAUUAAAAUAUAUCUUCCUGAACAAAGCUUAGAAAACGUGCACACAAAGCUUUUGUUCUGCAACACUCAUUCAUACACAAUACCCAUGACGUAGACUUAAUCCAACUUCUACCCACCUGUGUAAUUGCGAUUAGCAGCAGACCCCAUCUUCCAGUUAUUUAUUUAAUAGUCUGGCCUGUCAUUCCCACUCACUCAUAUCUGCAAAAACAAUGGAGUCGUUUACGCUUUUGAGACUUCUGUUUGUCGUGGCCGUUAUUUUUCCAGCCUGUGCAAGGGCCUCGGAGGAAAUCAUCCGUCAAGUGACGGAUGAAGAUGGAGAGAGUCUCGGCAGGUUUGAUGCCCAGAAUGCUCUGUUGAAUCCAGAGUUCCAUUUCGCGAGCUUUGUGAGAAGAUUUGAGAAGAGUUACUCGGGGCCAGAGGAGCACGCCCAUCGAUUUGGGGUUUUCAAGGACAAUCUCCGAAGGGCUCUGGAGCACCAGAAAUUGGAUCCAAGCGCCGUCCAUGGCAUCACGAAGUUUUCAGAUUUGACGGAGGCAGAGUUCCGCCGUCAAUAUUUGGGGCUCCGUCCUCCGCCGUUUCUGAAAUCUGGUGCUCAUGAUGCCCCUAUUCUGCCCACCGAUGAUCUGCCUGAUAACUUCGACUGGAGAGAAAAGGGGGCCGUCACGGAGGUUAAGAAUCAGGGCUCCUGUGGGUCGUGCUGGGCGUUUAGCACGACGGGGGCGUUGGAAGCGGCGAAUUUUUUUAAGACGGGGAAGCUGGUGAGUCUGAGCGAACAGCAAUUGGUUGAUUGCGAUCACGAGUGUGAUCCUUCAGAACCAAGAGAUUGCGACUCGGGUUGCAAUGGUGGACUUAUGACAACUGCGUAUGGAUAUGCAAUGAAAUCUGGCGGAUUGGAAAGUGAGAGAGACUAUCCAUACACUGGAACAGGUGGUACUUGCAAGUUCGACAAGAAAAAAAUUGUGGCCCAGGUCUCUAAUUUCAACGUCGUUUCGAUUGACGAAGAUCAAAUUGCUGCAAAUCUGGUUAAACAUGGACCUCUAUCAGUGGGAAUCAAUGCUGCUUAUAUGCAGACAUACAUAGGAGGUGUAUCAUGCCCAUACAUCUGCAACAAGCUCAAUUUGGACCAUGGAGUUUUACUGGUAGGAUAUGGUGCUGAAGCCUAUGCACCCAUCAGGCUUAAGAACAAGCCCUACUGGAUCAUAAAGAAUUCAUGGGGACCCAACUGGGGAGAACAAGGGUAUUACAAGAUCUGCAGAGGAUACAACGAAUGUGGGAUUAACAACAUGGUUUCCACUGUUGCAGCUGCAACCUGAGCACUGAAUUAAUUAACCUUUCUUGUAUAUCUGUAAUAAACUUUCAUCAAACUUGCAUUGGAGAAUGUACAUAUAAUGCUCCUCUAUUGCUAAAACUUUGUUGCUUUCUCAAGACCAAGAUCUUGAUUAUGCUUACUGUCACAUUAUAUUACAAAUACCAUUAUAAGACAUUUCUAUUUA